GUCGUCAGUCUUGAAUAUUUCGUGGAGCGAUUAGCACACAGAACACAGAAGAAAAACUGAAUUCUUCAAAACUUGAUUCUUGAUUCUUGAAAAUAAAAUUCAAUUAGCCGCAUCCGCAUCCUAAAUACAUUUUAUUCGAAAAUAUCUAAAUGCAGUCUCAACAAAAAUAAAUCAAAUAUAGCGAGUGUGUGUGCGUGUGUGUUUUGUGUGUUAGCUUCUCUUUCGCUCAGUGUUUUGUUGUCUGUUUUUUUUUUUAUUUUUAUUAUUUGUUUAUUUUUGCUUUGACCGAGUUCUUUAACAACAACAACAAGAACAGUACAAGCAGCUACAACAAAAAUGGAUGCCGAGGCACACAUUCAGAUACAAAACAUAACCACUACCAAGCGGCGCAAUGUGAACGAGCAAGGAGGAUACGAAGAGACGGCCUGUGGCAAGGUAGUUGCAGUUGAUCCACCCGGGAAUGCCGGAAGUAAUAACCAUAACAAGGGUUAUCAUCCACUCACCAGCUAUCUGGAGACGAUCGUCCAUCUGUUCAAGGGCAACAUUGGACCUGGACUGUUUGCGAUGGGGGAUGCCUUCAAGAACGGAGGAUUGGUGGUGGCACCGAUACUAACCGUGGUCAUAGCCGUAAUGUGCAUCCAUUGCCAGCACGUCCUGGUGGCCUGUUCCAAGAAGAUGCGGGAUCUGCACGGCGAGGAGAUCUGUGCGGAUUAUGCGGACACCGUGAGACAGUGUUUCGAGAAUGGACCCGUCAAGUUGAGGGGCUGGUCCCGGACUAUGAGCCGAUUGGUGGACGUGUUUAUUUGUGUCACACAGUUGGGAUUCUGUUGCAUCUACUUUGUUUUCAUUUCCACGAACGUGAAGCAGAUACUCCAUGCCUCCGACAUCGAGCUAGACCUCCGUCUGGUGAUGGUGGCGGCCCUGCCGCCGAUACUUCUCAGCUGUCUGAUUACCAAUCUGAAGUGGCUGGCUCCUGUCUCGUUGUUUGCCAACAUCUGCAUGAUCCUCGGCCUGUCCAUAACACUGUAUUAUGCACUGAGGGAUGGGCUGCCGAACAUACCGGACCGAGCACUCUGGACCAAUGGAUCACAGUUGGCCCUCUUCUUUGGGACAGCGAUCUUUGCCUACGAGGGCAUCGCACUGGUGAUGCCACUGAAGAACUCAAUGGCCAAGACCGAACAGUUCGAGAUGACGCUGGGUGUGCUGAAUGUGGGCAUGUUCUUGGUAUCGGUCAUGUUCCUGUUCGCCGGAUCCGUGGGCUACAUGAAUUGGGGCGAGGAAGUGGGCGGAAGUCUGACCCUCAAUCUGGGCGAUACCAUUCUGGCGCAGGUGGUCAAGGCAAUGGUAUCCAUGGGUGUUAUGUUCGGGUAUCCUCUCCAGUUCUUUGUGGCCAUUCAGAUAAUGUGGCCGAGGGUUAAACAGAGUUUCCGCAUCGAUGAGGAGAAGAGAUGCCUGUUCGGUGAACUUUUAUUCCGUACCAUAAUGGUUCUCAUCACAUUGUCCAUUGCGGAAUUGGUACCAGCUCUGGGCUUGUUCAUCUCGCUGAUCGGUGCUCUCUGUUCGACGGCUUUGGCUCUGGUAUUUCCAGCUGUUAUCGAACUGAUUACCCGCAGCGAAGCCAACAAAGGUCCUGGAUUCUGGAUUUGUCUCAAGAAUUUGGUAAUCCUACUAUUGGCACUAUUAGGAUUCUCCACCGGCACCUACGAAAGUCUCAAGGAGAUUAUAACGCACUUCAAUGAUGAGCCAAAAUGAUUUCAACCAAAUAAAUAGUAGAGAUAGUUAUAACGAAAUAUUUACAAAAUCGGAAUCAGGUUCAUCAAAUAUCAGUUAUCACAAAAACAUAAUUGUCUUAAAAAAUAAAAAAGAAAAAUCAAUGUGA